ACUCGCGGCCGCUCGUGGAACAAAGGAGCGCGCGCGCGGUGCGAGAGGAGCGAGUGGCCGUGUCUUCUCUCGCGCGCGAGGACCUCGCGAAAUUGGAACCGGAUCGACCGCCGCCCGCAGGGACCGACGCGAGCUACGCGCGCCAAGCGAUGGACAGGCCGCCGUACAAGCUGAGCAGCGUGCUGCGCGGCCACAGCGCCGACGUCAGAGCGGUGGCGACCUUACUCGACGGCACCGUCGUGUCCGUCUCCCGGGACAAGACUGCGCGCGUGUGGCGACCGACCGGGAAAGGUAACGAGUACGAGCAGAGCGCAACGUUGACGGGCCACUCCAACUUUGUCAGUUCGGUGUGCAUUAUAAACCCGUCGGAGAGAGACCCCAAGGGUUACAUCAUCACCGGCGGCCACGACAACACCAUAUGCGUCUACGUGGCGGACGAGACGGAGCCCGCUCGUACGUUGCAGGCGCACGAGAACAACGUAUGUAAAUUGAGGACCGGCAAGCGGGAGGGCACGUUCCUCUCGAGUUCCUGGGAUCUCACCGCCAAACUGUGGGACAUGAGGGACCUGAGCAAGCCGCAGCUGGACCUCGUGGGUCACACCGCCGCGGUGUGGUGCGUGGCGGAUCUGUUGAACGGUAGCAUAAUAAGCGGCUCGGCCGACAAGUCGAUAAUAGUGUGGUCGAUGGACGGCUCGGUGCAGCACAAGUUAUCGGGGCACACCGACUGCGUCCGCGACAUAGUUGACAUUAAGGAGAACGAGUUCCUAACUUGCGCGAACGACGCCACUAUAAGGCACUGGGACGCCAAGCUUGGAGUAUGUUUAGGCACUUAUUGCGGCCACGAGAAUUAUAUCUACAGUAUAGCAGCCGUCCCGAACGGUGUCUACGUCUAUUCAGCUGGGGAGGACAGGACUAUCAGAAUAUGGUACAAUGCAGAAUUGAAGCAGACCAUUGUUCUGCCAACGCAGUCGGUAUGGUGCAUCGAUUUGUUGUCGAAUGGCGACAUAGUCGCCGGGAGCUCCGACGGGGCCGUCAGGAUAUUCUCGUCCGAUCCCGAACGUCACGCAAAUAUGGAGACGUUGGAAGCGUUUGAGAAGGAAGUAGCGAAUACGAGUCUGAAUGCGCAGCAGGCAAUCGGAGACAUCAGUAUAAAAGAUUUGCCAGAUUCGAAAGUUCUCCUGCAGCCCGGCCAAAGAGACGGCCAAACGAAGAUAGUGAACGAAGGGGACGCGGUUAGGGCGUACAGUUGGUCGCAAAGCGAACAACGGUGGAUAAAAAUUGGCGAUGUGAUGGGCGCGUCCGGCGGUACCGCAGCCACCUCCGGAAAGCAACUUUACAACGGCAUAGAAUACGAUUAUGUCUUCUCAGUCGACAUACAGGACGGUGUGCCACCUUUGAAACUCCCAUAUAACAAGGGCCAGGAUCCCUGGCACGUCGCCCAGAAGUUCCUUCAUGACAAUAAUCUCAGUCAAUUAUUUUUAGAUCAGGUUGCAAAUUUCAUAGUGAAGAAUUCUGAGCCAGCCCCUAUUUUGAAUGCUGGAUCGCAAUAUGUAGAUCCAUUUACAGGAGAAAACCGAUACGUUCCCGGGUCAGGAACAUCGUCGUCUAGUACACCCGAUGUCGGUGCACAAUCAUCGACGUUUAGUUCUUCCAACGAAGCCGUAGCUCCCUCUUAUAUACCUCACUUGAGGUAUUUAAAGUUUGAACAAGCAAAUUCAACUGCUAUUUUGGGCAAGUUGCACGAGUUAAAUUCUAAAUACUUAGAUAAUAAAGAAGAAAAUAUAUAUAAAAUACCAGAGGAGAAGGAAGACGCGAUAAAUGAGCUUGUAAAAAAUUACAAGCAAGUGUCUAAAGAAGUUAGGACCAGUGCUAUCAGUGCACUAAAGAGUCUUAUAAAUUGGCCGAACGACACGGUAUUCCCAGUUCUCGAUAUAGCGAGACUCACUAUACUCCAUAAGGAAGUAAACGACGAACUGUGUACGGAGGAGCUGAUUCCAAUCAUAAGAAGGCAUAUCAAAUCCGACGCAUUUCCCUGCAAUCAAAUGCUCACCUUCCGUCUGAUAGCCAAUAUGGUCCAGCAUGAAAAGGGAGAAAAACUCUGUCUGGAUUAUAAGGACGAGAUACUAAAGUCUCUGCUGGAUCUACAGUCCCUUGGAGAUAGACACAAUCAGGUUGCAAUGUCGACUUACAUAUUGAAUCUGAUCGUAGCGCUAAACAAAUAUAAUGACGGACCUGGUAGGACGAGAGCUCUAAAUGUAUUAUUUACCAUAUUGCCCAAUUUGAAGGAACCUGAGGCAAUAUUCAGAGCUUUAGUUGGACUAGGAACGUUAUUAGCUGCUACACCAGAUCCCAAUGAUCGUAAUGAAUUAAUUAGCGCUGUACGACAAUCGGAGACCGCUUUGAAUGUUCUUAGAACUCUAUCGGAGAGCACAACCGAGCGCAAUACGUCCAACAAAGUGGUAAACUGUUCCAAGCAGAUUAUCGAUUUGAUUAUCUAAUAUAUUUAUGAGAUGAGAUACGUUGCUCAUAAAUUAAUAUAUAAAAUACAGUUAUAAAUAAAUAAGUAUGCACGUGUACGCAUGUUUUGCAGCUCGGUUGCUCAAUCGUAAAAAAUAAAUACAUUUUUUAUGCGACUAA